ACAGCUCUCAGGUUUCUGCUGAUACUGCAGCGUCAAGAAAUGGCUCGAGUUUGCUCCUUGCUCUUAUGCAUUCAGCAGCCCUCUCGCUCCUGCCACACGCGUCCAGCUCCUGCCUCCUCCUGCCGCUGCUGCUGGUGCUGCCGGGACGAGCCAACACCAACUCCGGGGAUGCGGCUGCAGGACUGCGGCUCUUUCACAUCUCCCCAGCCGCCUAUGCCCAGCGCCCGGCUGCUUUUCCAGCUGUCUUAAGGGAAGAGAGCCAGCAGCUAUCUAGGACUCCUUGAUUUUAUUUACAAACUUAAGCCUUUUGAAAAAGGUUCUUUGCACUCUUUUCCACCACCGCCACCCCCCACCCCCCACUGCGGUUCUCGGCAGAAACUAAUUAAACCCACUCGCCCUUGGUGCAGCCUAAGACAGUGUAUGAAUAUUUCAGUGUCUCGCAGACAGCCCUGUAAAGCGAUCGCUGUGUUAUUAAGAGGGGCGCAAGAGGAGGAGGAGGGUUGAGUUGGCCGCUGCGGUUUUUGGUUUGGUUUGGUUUUUUUGGAUGCUGCUGUGAGGCGACUUGACGCAUUCCGUCACUGGCUCCUACUCCUAACCAGAGCAUCUCACUCGGAGCAGCAGCUACAGCGAUGGUCGAAUCGGCGAGAAAAGUGGACGGAUCGAGUUAAAGGCAAAAGGAGACAGCUGGGGAGGGGACCCCGGCCUGGGGUACACUCCAUAGACCUUCAGCCUCCUGUCUUGGGGGACAGGACCCCUCACCUUACCUGCCCUCUUCCCCCACCCCUAAAGGUACUUUUUCCCUCUUUCUUUUCCCUCCCAUCAUCCCUGAUGCCUCUCCCCUCAUCCUACUUCUCCUUUCCCCUUUUGGAUAUUUCCAUCCCUUAGGGUCCUCAUCCAUCCCUUCCUCAAGGUCUCCAUCCCAAUUCAUCAUCCCUCCCUGCAGAUCCUAAGCCUCCCACCCCUUCUCACCCCACUCCCCGAACUUCUCUGGAACUCUCUCCUCUCCAAUCCUCCAUCCUCCUCCUCCCUCUCAAGUCCCUCUCCCUUGCUUCUCCUCCCCUCCCCCUGGGUCCCCCUUCCUGUGCACCACCAUGACCGUGAUGGCUGGAGAGAACAUGGAUGAGACUUCUGUGCUACCUGGCCACCCCCAGGAUAGCUACCAGCCUGCUGCCCAUGAUGACCAUGAGUGCUGUGAGCGUGUAGUGAUAAACAUUGCUGGGCUACGCUUUGAGACACAGCUGAAGACCUUAGCCCAGUUCCCUAACACGCUGCUGGGUAACCCCAAGAAGCGUAUGCGGUACUUUGACCCUUUGCGCAACGAGUACUUCUUUGACCGGAACCGGCCCAGCUUUGAUGCCAUCCUCUAUUACUACCAGUCUGGGGGAAGGCUUCGCCGGCCGGUCAAUGUGCCCUUGGACAUGUUCUCUGAGGAGAUCAAAUUUUAUGAGCUGGGUGAGGAGGCCAUGGAGAAGUUCAGGGAAGAUGAAGGAUUCAUCAAAGAUGAGGAGAGACCCUUGCCGGAGGGGGAGUACCAGCGCCAAGUGUGGCUCCUCUUUGAAUACCCAGAGAGCUCUGGGCCUGCAAGGGUCAUUGCAAUAGUCUCUGUCAUGGUGAUCCUCAUCUCCAUCGUGAUCUUCUGCCUAGAGACAUUACCUGAGUUGAAGGAGGACAAGGAGUAUACGGUGCAUCGCACUGACAAUACCACCCAGGUCUACAAAUCUAACAUCUUCACAGAUCCCUUCUUUGUUGUGGAGACCCUGUGCAUCAUCUGGUUCUCCUUUGAGCUGGUGGUGCGCUUCUUUGCUUGCCCUAGCAAGACUGAAUUCUUCAAGAACAUCAUGAACUUCAUCGACAUUGUGGCCAUCAUUCCUUACUUCAUCACUCUGGGCACUGAGAUGGCUGAGCGGGAGGGGACUCAGAAAGGGGAGCAGGCCACCUCCUUGGCCAUCCUGAGAGUCAUCAGACUGGUAAGAGUCUUUCGAAUCUUCAAACUCUCCCGGCACUCUAAGGGCCUCCAGAUUUUGGGACAGACGCUCAAAGCAAGUAUGAGAGAGCUAGGCUUACUAAUCUUCUUCCUCUUCAUUGGGGUGAUCUUGUUCUCUAGUGCGGUAUAUUUUGCUGAGGCUGAAGAACCUGAGUCUCAUUUCACAAGUAUCCCCGAUGCUUUCUGGUGGGCGGUGGUAUCCAUGACCACUGUGGGCUAUGGUGACAUGUACCCUGUGACAAUUGGAGGCAAAAUCGUAGGCUCUUUGUGUGCCAUCGCUGGUGUGCUGACAAUUGCCCUGCCUGUACCUGUCAUCGUGUCCAACUUCAACUACUUCUACCACCGAGAAACAGAAGGGGAAGAACAGGCUCAGUUACUUCAUGUUAGCUCCCCUAAUUUAGCAUCUGACAGUGAUCUCAGUCGCCGCAGCUCCUCCACAAUCAGCAAAUCUGAGUACAUGGAAAUCGAAGAGGAUAUGAAUAAUAGCAUAGACAAUUUUAGAGAGGCUAAUCUCAGAACUGGCAACUGCACUGUAGCCAACCAAAACUGCGUUAAUAAAAGCAAGCUGCUGACUGAUGUGUAAACAGAAAAAAAAACCCAAAACAAAAUCCCCACUCACAGCUUGAAGACUUAAGUGACACAGUCACACUUUGUAGAUGCUUUACUGAUAGUCUUUGAAUGCUUUAUUUACCUCGUAAAUGCAUUGUUGCAUUGCGAUUUUUUGCUCAGCGAUAAAGAAGCUUCCAGGAUCCAUGAAAGAUAAGAUUUUAUUUGUUUUUUAAAAGACAUUUUCCACCUGAUAAACACUAACCAUUUGAACUAGUUUAGUU